GGAAGGGAACCCAGUCAAUUCUGAAAAGAGACAAAGGGUUCAGGGAAUAAUAAAUCUGCACUGUUACAAAAUCCAGUUCAUCGGCAAGAUACCCUCCCCUCUUCCUCUGUUCCUUCCCCUCCCCCACACCAACUCUGCCACCUUUUGACCAAAGAGACAAGGAAGAUUUCCUCCUUUGAUCAUCGGAGGAUGGAGGGGGGAUGAAUGGGCCAAAAGGAACAGCAGAGGAUGUGCCGCAGCUGAGAAAAUGAGCUGUUUACCCUGCACUUGGCUUCUGUGGAGGCCCCCUGCUUCUCCCAUCUCUUCCACUGACCCCACCCAUCUCAGGGAACCACCCCCAUUCAUUGGCCCUUCUCAGCCCGCUUGGAGGUGUAAAGAGCACACACACCCCUUUCUCCAUUUUCACCGCCCGUCCUGGCCCCCGCAUCCCCCGGGCGUCACCCCUGUCACCCGGUCAUCCUUUUGGUGAUGGUGGGAGCAGGGCGCUGCACCUGUCUUGACCGUCUAGACAACACCGCCUCGUGGUUUUGUCCUCAAAGGGGGGAGAGGAAGAAGACGGUGGAGUUUGGAGGUGGGGCGGGUGUCCGCUCAGGUUAAAAGUCAGAGUUGGAGGGUGAGGUUUGUUAGUGAGGAUGGCGGAAACGAGAGUUCACCCUGCUGACCCACCCAGAGCCCUGUGGUGUAACACAGCUGACCUCUGAAGACCGGCAGUAUCUCAGUGCUUUUUCUUUUCUCACCAUUAGAUAACUGUUUCUGUUAUUUGUCACAUGUGCCAUCUGUAUUUUUAAUAUUAUAGUUUUUUUCUUUCUUUUUUUUACCAUGUCUCCAGCAUGUGUUUAGCCAACUGUCAAAGGCAUUUGAGUUAGUAUAGGAACAUUGGGAAAAUGAGAGGAAGGUCAUAAAGAUCCAGACCGGACCACAAGCAGCUCAAGUCUGGUCUCCAUGUUCUCCCAGGUACCUCUGGCUCGUUCAGAGACUCACCUCAGCGAUCUCCUUGAUGGGGUGUGCAACAGCAUGAGCGACUACGCCCUCCACGUGGACCCCGACACCCAGCACAAACAGUACAUGAGGUUUGCUCCCAGGAGCAGCGGGGCCACCGGGGACUUCCCCGACUUCAAAAAUUUCCAAUUCGACGGACCCGAGGCAUCCAACGCCCUGAAAUUCGCAUGUGAAUCCGUCGUGGAGGAGCUGGAGGAUGAUAUCAUCUCUCUGUUCAGCAAGGACAUGGAGCACAUGCACCAGGAGUUAUGCAACAGAGUCUCAGACUACUGUAAAGACAGCCGGAACACUAACGAGGAGUUAUAGUCUUCUAGAUUUUCAGUGGAGGAAGGUGGGACCAGUUUUGUAACAAAGAUCAUAAAAAAGACUUUAACAAAAUCCUUUUUUCACCCAAAAUCUUUUAAAAUAAAUAAAAGAAGAAAUCUUGAGAAA